AUGUAUAAAACAACCCUUUUUUACCACGGGUCUGCCGAUCGCGUCGACGCUCUCCUUUCUAUGGGAUCUGUCGAUAUCAACCAAGGCAACCCGAAGGGAUGGACUCCUCUCAUGUUGGCCGUAGAGAAAGGCCUUUCCCGCGUAACAAAGAGCCUCCUAGGGAAGGGAGCCAACGUGUCAGUCGUGGGUGAUGGCGGCUUCACUGCUCUUCUGGCUUCCGCUCAAAGUGGACAGCAGGCCGUCGCGAAGAUGCUCGUGAAGGCUCGUGCCAACCCGGAGAGCGCGGACAUCGACGGCUCCACGCCGCUUCACGUUGCUGCGCAGGGGGGGCACUCUGGGGUGAUGAAAGUGCUGCUCGAGGCAGGCGCUAAUCCCAACAGCCGCAGGUCCGACGGAGCGACGCCGCUUUUCUCCGCGGCUCUGGUUGGCUACGUGGACGCGGUCAGGGAGCUGCUCCAAAAGAAAGCCAACACCCUGUUGGCUUCAGUGCCGGCUCCAUCGGGGGCAACCUUUGUCCCGUUGGAUGUGGCGGUGCAGCACGGGCACUCGGAGGUGGUGCGCGAGUUGACCCACCAGCUCGGGGUCCGGGGAUGUGGCGGCGUGAGCGGCGGUGUGGAAUCUCUCCGCCUAGCUACCACGGAGCAGGACGUCGACAUCAUGGGCAUACUAACGGUCGGUGGGGUAGUAGACACCGGCCGAGCCCUCGUUGUUGCCGCCGAGAACAGCCGAGAGGAGUCGGUGAAGUUCUUGCUACAGCACCAAGCGGGCGGAGGUGCUUGGUAUGUGAACAACACUCUCGACCCGUUCGGCAGGACGCCUCUGGUCUGUACUAUUGAGGCUUGCGGGUCAUCCUCUCCCAGGAUUGCGCGGUUUCUUAUUGACGCCGAAGCGGACACGAAAUCGACCGUGCUAGUCACAAAGUCCGGGCAGUGGACAACUUCCCGAGACACACCGCUUGGUUUCGCAACUCACAGCCUCCGCCAAAACAAAGUAGGAAGGAAGAACGCCACGGAGGAACAGCUACGCAGCCUGAAAGCGAUCCACCGCCUGCUCUCUCAAGUUGACGCAGUACACGCGGUCUCGUGGCUGUGGCGGAGUAGCGACACCCGCAACAGCUAUGCCGUUGGGGCGGCUUCCAGCAGAAUGAAACCGACGAUAGCUGGGCCGCUGCUGAAGCGCAUGCCAACGGUCCUGAGAACCACGGUUGGAAAACGCGGAGUAGUAGUCUUGCGGGCCGUGUACAGGUAA